CCUAAUUAUCAUUUCUAUUCUCGCUGUAGAGAGAGAGAGAGAGAGAGCAAUGACGACGAUGGAAAUGAUGGAGAGAGACGCGAUGAAGACGGUGGCUCCUUGCGCUUCCGUGACUUAUCACAGGCGUGUUCGUGGUGACUUGGAUGACACACUUCCUAAACCUUAUUUGCCAAGAGCACUUCAAGCACCAGAUAUGGAGCACCCGCUAGGAACACCGGAGCAUAGGCAUAAUGGCCUUAGUGUUCUUCAGCAACAUGUGGCUUUCUUCGAUUUGGAUGAUAGUGGCAUCAUUUAUCCCUCCGAAACCUUCUAUGGAUUCCGGUUACUCGGUUUCAGUUUACUUGCGUCGCUUAUCUUGGCUGCUGGUAUCCAUAUAGCUCUUAGCUAUGCUACUCUCCCGGGGUGGAUACCGUCUCCAUUCUUCCCUAUAUAUAUAAACAACAUUCACAAGGCAAAGCAUGGAAGCGAUUCUAAAACAUAUGACAAUGAAGGAAGGUAUACACCAGCGAAUCUUGAGUUGAUGUUUAGCAAAUACGCGAGAACAGUGCCAGACAGAUUGAGUAUUGGAGAACUAUGGGACAUGACUGAAGGAAACCGGGAUGCCUUUGACUUUUUCGGCUGGUUAGCGAGCAAGGUGGAAUGGGGAGUAUUGUAUGCGUUAGCCAGUGACAAAGAAGGAUUCUUAUCAAAAGAAGCGGUAAAAGAUAAAGAAGCGACGAUAUGAAAGAACUGCAAGUUCACCAAGACAUCCUUGGCAUGGCUAGUGGCUCGACGUUCAACUCUUGAGAAUAACUCGUUGCUUAGCUCUUCCCCGAUGUGAGCUUCAACUAGUACUCCAGCCACACUCCGACAACUACUAGCAAAAGCACGACCGACCUCGGAUGCAUCGUCCGGCUCGCUCACCACAAGUGGACUCCCUCCUUUGUAAACUACAAGCUUCUCAAUGGUGAAGGAGCCGUCCGCUUCAACUACUUCCUUGAAAUCUUGCAGGCUUGGAGCGUACACCGGAAUAUUGAAUCCGUCGCGCUUCUCUGCCGCUACCAAACCCUAACAUCAAUGAUUUUUGUAAAACAUCUACGUCAAUUCUCUCUUUUUAUGUUACGUUAAAAUACUGGAACUGAAAAUCAUUGAUAAGAGCAGGACGCUUAGCCAGUUAAACUAAUUAAUGUCAAUGGAAAUAUAUAUGACGGUUCAGUUGAACA